AUGCAAGCUGCCGCGGUGCCGCCCGCCAACGGCGCCACUCCCGUGCCCGUGGCGGCCAUUGACGUCCCCGUGCUGCCAUCCCCUCCGCCGGACAACAGCCACAAUGGAGUGCAGCUGGUCGACGGCCCAGUGCCAGAGCAGCUGCGCCUGAAGCAGGUCGUGGCUCCCUCACCACCCAAAACGCAGCCUGCCCAAGCACCGACGAUUUUCGUCGCCCGCCCGCUGCCGCGCGUGCUGCUGCUGCACUGCGGCGGCACCAUGGGCAUGGAUGCGCAGGAGAGCUUCAAGCAAGACGUGGAGGCAAGUCGCGGGCGCCUGUUGGAUGCGGGAAAAACCGGCACCUGA